CUUUAUGUUUGGACCGAGUCUCAUCUGGGCCGAAAAACAUAAUCAGGAGGGCCAGCUAGGCCUGCCCUGCUACCAGCCCACCCCCUCAUUUGCCUCCCAAUUUUCCAACGACGACAAUGCCCUCUUCGUUACCCCGCAUUCUGCAGAAGCAACAAGGGAACAACAGAAAACGGAUAAGCAAAACGGCGGCGCAUGGUCACCCACCACCGCCUCUUCACUCUUUCUUCUUUCAAGCCUCUGCCGUCUGCACCCUCUCUUAUGUAAUACUCCUUCUGUUUGGAAACGAAGAGUUGAUAGGGUGAGGACAGGAAAGACUGGUAAUUUUGGAGCUAGGGUCUGUGGUAAGGUUGGUCUCACCACUCCCGAUUAUCGGAGGCUCUUUGUGGGCAGCAGAGCUCGGUUUCUUGUUCUCUCCGAUGGCAUUCAGUGUGGGAUACAGGACGGUUACCAGAAACAUAGGCGAAAGCGUGUACUUGCUGUGUCAAAAGUCGAAACUUUUAGUUCCAAUGGUAGGCUGCAGAAUGUUGAGUAUACCCCACAUGGGGGUUUGAAUGGAAUGGACUCUUCCAAUGGUUUUGAGGAAUUCGAGAGUAAUAAUCAGCUUCGUAGGCUGGUUAGAAAUGGGGAAUUAGAAGAGGGGUUUAAGUUUCUAGAGAACAUGCUUUAUCAUGGUGAUAUGCCGGAUAUUAUUGCGUGUACGAGUUUAAUCAGGGGGUUUUGUAAGAGUGGAAAGACAAGGAAGGCGACGCGGAUUAUGAACAUUCUAGAAGAAUCUGGGGCUAUCCUUGAUGUUAUAACUUACAAUGUCUUGAUCAGUGGAUACUGCAAGGCUGGUGAGAUUGAUAAUGCUUUGAGGGUUUUGGACCGAAUGAGUGUUUCUCCAGAUGUUGUUACGUACAAUACAAUCUUGCGUACUUUAUGUGAUAGUGGGAAAUUGAAGCAAGCGAUGGAAGUUCUUGAUCGACAGCUGCAAAGGGAGUGUUAUCCAGAUGUGAUUACGUAUACCAUACUGAUUGAAGCAACUUGCAAGGAAAGUGGGGUUGAGCAGGCGAUGAAGCUUUUGGAUGAGAUGAGGAGCAAAGGAUGCAAGCCUGAUGUGGUCACUUAUAAUGUUCUUAUCAACGGGAUAUGCAAGGAAGGAAGGUUGGAUGAAGCAAUCAAAUUCUUGAACGACAUGCCGUCAUCUGAUUGCCAACCAAAUGUCAUUACCCACAAUAUUGUUUUGCGUAGCAUGUGCAGCACUGGCAGGUGGAUGGAUGCUGAAAAACUACUAGCUGAAAUGGUUCACAGAGGCUGUUCUCCUAGUGUUGUUACUUUCAAUAUUUUGAUUAACUUCUUGUGCCGGAAGGGCUUGUUGGGUAGAGCAAUUGACAUUUUGGAGAAGAUGCCUAAGCAUGGCUGUACUCCAAAUUCCUUGAGUUACAACCCAUUGCUUCACGGCAAGGAAAAGAAGAUGGAUAGGGCGAUUGAGUAUUUGGAUAUAAUGGUUUCUCGGGGCUGUUAUCCAGACAUUGUGACUUACAAUACUUUGCUUACAGCUUUGUGCAAAGAUGGAAAGGUUGAUAGCGCAGUUGAGAUACUUAAUCAACUAAGUAGCAAGGGUUGCUCUCCUGUUCUAAUCACAUACAAUACAGUGAUUGAUGGGCUCUCAAAGGUGGGGAAAACAGAAUGUGCCUUAGAACUUUUGCAUGAGAUGCGCAAAAAGGGUUUAAAGCCUGAUGUAAUUACUUAUUCUUCUGUCGUGGGAGGGCUUAGCAGAGAAGGAAAGGUUGAUGAAGCAAUUAAGUUUGUCCAUGAUUUGGAAGAUUCGGGCGUCAAGCCCAAUGCUAUCACUUUUAACUCCAUCAUGUUGGGUCUUUGCAAGGCUAAGCAAGCUGGUCGUGCAAUUGAUUUCCUCGCUUAUAUGGUAUCUAAAGGAUGUCAACCUACUGAAGCAACAUACACCAUUCUCAUUGAAGGCAUAGCUUAUGAAGGGUUAGCAAAAGAGGCUUUGGAGUUAUUGAAUGAACUCUGCUAUAGAGGGGUUGUGAAGAAAAGCUCUGCUGAACAGGUGGCAGUCAAGAUGUAGAUGUAAGCAGUUCAACUUUUACUCUCGGAUGGUAGGUCAUUGUUUUAAUUAUGCCUUUGGAUUUCGUCGGCCUCAUUUCCCAUGAUAAUGAUUUUCAUGGUGUCCAAACAUAUUAAUUCAUUCGUUUUCUUUGUCUUGAGGAUCGAAAUCCAAAAUCAAUUUUGUUAGAUAUCCAUGUAAGUCCUCAGUUUGUUUGAUCUGAUUCUUGUGCUUCCGAUGAAUCCAUGCUUGUCCGUCCAGUAGUUUCCACUAUCUAAAAUAUUUAUACUUAUUCAAGUUUUCCA